GCCUUAGCUUCCCGCAGCAAUAAGAAAAAAAGAAUCGAGGAGGAAAGGCGCAGUUUGAGCGCCUGCAGCUGUCGUCUGUUCUCUUGCCCGCGGGAAACACCGCCUCAUGACGGGAGCUCCAUGCUGACUGACUGCGGGACAUGGGAAUCCUCAGCAUUACUGACCAGCAUCCACUGGUCCAAGCAAUAUUCAAUCGCAACAUAGAAGAAGUACGUGUACUGCUAACCCAGAAGGAUAAUGUCAAUGUAUUGGACCAAGAAAGACGCUCUCCCCUGCAUGCUGCUGCCUACUUAGGAGACAUACCAGUUAUCGAACUUUUAAUUCAGUCAGGUGCUAAUGUAAAUGCAAAAGAUUCAGUUUGGCUUACUCCUUUGCACCGAGCUGUGGCGUCGCGCAAUGAGAGAGCAGUCUCCCUCCUUGUGAAACACUCUGCUGACGUCAAUGCUCGAGACAAGCACUGGCAAACGCCACUACACAUAGCUGCUGCCAACCGGGCAAACAAAUGUGCAGAGACGCUAAUUCCGCUAGUGAAAAAUGUCAACCUAGCAGACCGUACAGGACGCACAGCUCUUCACCAUGCUGUACUUAGUGGUAACCUGGAGAUGGUGGUUAUGCUUUUAAAUAAGAGAGCCCAUCACAGCAUAUGUGACAAAAAAGAGCGACAUCCAAUUAUUUAUGCUUCGUUCUUGGGUUAUUUGGAUAUUGCAAAGCUGCUGAUAUCCCGGGGUGCAGAUGCUAUGUCAAAGGAUAAGAAGGGUUACACACCACUUCAUGCAGCUGCAUCUAGUGGGCAAAUUGAUGUAGUGAAGUACCUGCUGAAACUUGGUGUUGAGAUUGAUGAGCCUAAUGCCUUCGGGAACACUGCCUUGCACAUUGCUUGUUACAUGGGUCAGGAUGCUGUUGCCAAUGAACUUGUAAACUAUGGCUCCAAUGUCAACCAGCCCAAUGAAAAGGGUUUCACCCCACUUCACUUUGCUGCUGUCUCCACCAAUGGGGCCCUAUGCCUGGAGCUGCUUGUCAACAAUGGGGCUGAUGUCAACUUCCAGAGUAAAGAAGGGAAAAGCCCUUUGCACAUGGCUGCGAUUCAUGGAAGAUUUACACGCUCCCAAAUUCUAAUACAGAAUGGUGGUGAAAUUGACUGUGCUGAUAAAUAUGGCAAUACCCCUCUGCAUGUUGCUGCUAGAUAUGGGCAUGAGCUGCUAAUUAGUACAUUGAUGACAAAUGGUGCUGAUACUGCAAGGUGUGGAGUACAUGGCAUGUUUCCCCUUCACUUAGCUGUUCUCUUUGGGUUCUCAGACUGUUGCCGUAAGCUGCUUUCCUCAGGUCAGUUGUACAGCAUUGUGUCCUCGCUCAGCAAUGAACAUGUGCUGUCUGCAGGCUUUGAUAUCAACACACCUGACAACCUCGGAAGGACUUGUCUCCACGCUGCUGCUUCAGGCGGAAAUGUCGAAUGUCUUAGCUUACUGUCAAGCAGCGGUGCUGAUUUGAAGAGACAGGAUAAGUUUGGAAGGACUCCAUUGCACUAUGCUGCUGCUAAUGGCAGUUACCAGUGCAUAGUGAGUUUGGUCACAGCUGGAGCCAGUAUUAAUGAAGCUGAUUAUAAAGGCUGCACCCCCUUACAUUAUGCUGCUGCUUCAGACACAUACAGGAGAGUGGACUCACACUCUGGAACAAGCCAGGAGCCAGAGGAAGAGCCGCUGAAAGCCUCGCGCCAGAAGGAGGCUUUCUUCUGCUUAGAAUACUUGCUGGAUAACAACGCAGACCCUUCACUUCGUGAUAAACAGGGAUAUAGUGCUGUUCAUUAUGCCGCUGCAUACGGUAACAGACAGAAUUUGGAACUGCUGCUGGAGAUGUCCUUUAAUUGCCUGGAGGAUGUGGAAAGCAAUGUACCAGUUAGCCCUUUGCACUUAGCUGCCUUCAAUGGUCACUGCGAUGCCCUAAAAACGUUGGCGGAGACGCUGGUAAACUUGGACGUACGUGACCACCAGGGCCGCACUGCGCUUUACCUUGCCACAGAGAAGGGAUCCACAGAUUGUGUGAGUGUUUUGACCAGCCACGGUGCCUCACCUCAUAUAAAGGACCGCAGGAGGAAGUGGACACCGCUGCAUGUAGCAGCUGCCUCUGGGAACAUUGAUUGCCUGCAUCUGCUGAUCGAUUGCAGUGAGAGACCGGAUAUUACUGAUGUGAUGGAUGCUCAUGGCCAAACCCCUCUCAUGCUUGCUGUGAUGAACGGUCAUGUUGACUGUGCUCACCUGCUGUUGGAGAAAGGGGCUACUGUGGAUGCAGGCGAUAAAAAGGGGAGGACAACACUUCACAGAGCGUCCGUUACAGGCUGUGAGGAUUGUGUAGGAGCCUUGAUGGAACAUGAUGCCUUUGUGCUGUGUCGGGAUUUCAUGGGACGCACACCUAUUCACUUUGCUGCAGCUUGUGGACAUGCUACAUUAGUGCAUGUGUAUUUGCAAGCUGCUUUUUCAACAGACCCACUGGAUGCAGUGGUGGAUUAUAAUGGAUAUACUCCCAUGCACUGGGCUGCUUACAAUGGGCACGAAGAUUGUUUGGAACUGUUACUUGAACACAACCCAUUUGCUUACCUCGAAGGAAACCCUUUUACCCCUUUGCACUGUGCAGUAAUUAACAGCCAUGAUGGUACGGCUGACCUACUGGUAGAAGCUUUGGGUGCCAAGAUUGUGAAUAGCAGAGAUGCCAAAGGGAGGACUCCUCUUCAUGCUGCAGCAUUUGCUGACAAUGUGAAUGGUUUACAGCUACUCUUGCGCCACCAGGCAGAAGUCAAUUCCACAGACCUCUCUGAUCAGACACCUCUGAUGAUGUCAGCGCAAAAUGGAAGAACUGCAGCAGUUGAGUUCCUGCUGUUUCACAUGAAGGCGGAUUUAACUGUGAUGGAUAUCAACAAGAACACUGCGCUUCACCUAGCCUGCAGCAAGGGCCAUGAAAAGUGUGCGUUGCUGCUUCUAGGGGAGACCCAGGACCUUGGCCUUAUCAAUGCAACAAACAGCAUGCUGCAGAUGCCUCUUCACAUUGCUGCUCGCAAUGGACUUGCAUCAGUUGUCCAAGCUUUGCUUACAAGAGGGGCCACUGUGUUGGCUGUGGAUGAAGAAGCAGGUCACACCCCAGCCUUGGCCUGUGCAUCGAACAAGGACGUAGCAGACUGCUUGGCACUUAUCCUAUCCACCAUGAAGCCUUUCCCACCAAAAGACGCCAUCCUACCCUUCAGUUUCAACCUUCUGAAAAACUGCAGCAUCGCUGCCAAGACUGCUCUCCCUAAUGGAGGCAGCUGCCCCUACACAAAGGAUCGUCAUGGUUCUAUUGCCAUGGAUGGCUGCUACUCUGAGUAGCUUCUUUCACCCGCUGGGUGUUGCAACCUUACAUUUAAUUUAUUUAGGAUAAAUUUAGGGCACUUUUAAAGGAGAAUAAGACACACCAUGCAGUGGUAUUGAGCUGCUACUAAGCUUCCCUCCCAUUAACCUGCUCUCCUGAGCUGCCCUGGCUGCACUGAAGCUUUUGUAGUAUUGUACUUUAUUUGUGUAUGGGGUGGAGAUUCUUCCUAGGUGAAAGGAGUUUUAAACUGAUAGGGAACCCCUCUCUCCAUCUGCACAGUGAGCUGCCCUUACUAAAUGCUUCCAUGGUGUCUCUUGCAGAAGGAUAAAAGAGAGUGAGGCAUUGGUAUUUAUAAAUUCACUCCAGGUAUUCAUCUUUGCUGCUGUAAGUUUUGUUUGCUUUUUAUAAACCCAUUAUAUAUUUCGAGUCACCAGGCCUUAAUGAAUUUCAGGAGCAGCUUAGAAAGUCUGUCCCUGGAAGACUGGACCUGAUAAGCAGGUGGCGACUUGUCAGUCGGUUCAAAUCCACAGACAUGUAGCACUAUUAUACCCAUUACCUUAAACCGUCACAUCUGUUCAUGACUGUUGCAUAGCAGUUUGUUUUUUUUUGCAGAUUAUGAUUCAGAGAUAAACUUGCUCUUCCUAUUUAUGCAAAACAGGUGCCCCGAGUAGCCUGUCUGAUGCAUGAGAAACAGACAUUCCCAUAAUCCACUGCUGCAAAAUACCCUCACCAGCUAGGCACUUUAGUGGUUCUGUGUUUUGUAGAGCUUUAUUCUGCCAUCCCGUCUUCUUGUCUGCCAUUUCUUUACUAGAUGGUACAUGCCAUAUUGUCAGUAUUUUUAUUUAUUUAUUUUAACCCUUUCCAUUGGGGACAGCAUGUUGGUUUUGUUUUACACACUAGAACAUGCAAUAUGCGAAAGGGUUAAAUAUUUUUUAUUUAAUUUUUUUCAUCUUUGGCAUUUUAGAAGAUUUUCCCCCUCAAUAUUCAGAGUACAAUUUGCACUUGAAUUCCUUUAAUACAUCUACAACCUUUGUGUGUACACCUCAGUACUAGACAUUUAUUAGCAUACACAAGUAUUUAGUAGGGAAUGUGUUUACUUAAAGAAUGUAAGAAUGGUGCUUUCAAGUUUGUGCACUUUUAUUUUUAUUUACUUUUUAAGUGCAGCGAUGUAAUCAAGUUUUUAUUUUAAUUUGGCAUGAAAUUAGCAACCUGAUACAGAUCCAAAACUUAUCUAAAUACUUUAUAAUGCAAAAAUACAUUAUUUUGAUUUGGUUAAGUAUUGCAAGUCUCUUGAGACUUUUAAAAAUGCUUUAGGGGACAUGGAUUUUAUAAAUAAUUAUUAGCCCCUGUUUGGAUGAACACCCUGCAGCCUUCUUAGAAUAGCUAUUGAAUUCUGUCAGGUUUUGUUUUGUUUUUUUAAGCAUUUAAUCUUCUAGCAUUUGAGAACCUGUUGCCAAAAAAGUAAGCCUUGGGGGGGGUACAUUUUAAGUGAGAAAUUAUUGGUGCUAAAAGUUUAGCCUUUAUUGGCGUAUACUUCAGUUUCCUUUUUUUUUUUUUUUUUUUUAAAUCAUGCCCUUUUGCAAAACUAUCAUUUGGGAAGUUACAGUGAAAAUAAUCCCUAUGAUAAAGGAAGCUGAUAAGUGAUAUAAACUGAUACCUUGCCAUCAUUUGUAUUAUAAAUAGCGAAAUCUUGUAAAUAGCAGGAAAUACACGUUUCCCCCUAAAUGAGCUAUCUACAUCAUUAUUUUUAAGAAAUGUAACAUUUUAGUGGGCACCAAUAUCUCGGCUUCAAGAGAGACUAUGGGGCAUAUUUAUUAACAUUGGCGACAAACCUUACCAAUGAUGUUGCUCAUAGCAACCAAUUAGCUAUUGGAAUUCAGCAGUCACCUACACGUUAAAAAAACGAAGCAAAAAAAAAAAACAAAAAAAACAAAGCCUAUGUGAGUGGGGAGCUGGUCCUGCAAACAGACAUAGUCAUGGUUUCCCUUCAGUCUGUGUUAAAAUUUAUUUUAUUUGAAAGUUCAGAUAGUUUAUGGAUAUUUUCUACCUAAGCCCAAAUUAAUUGUCAAAAGGGGUGGGGUUAUAGUUUAUCUUUUUAAGUACAGGCAUUAGGCCUUUAAAUUAAGAUUUGCAUUCCAUCGUUUUAUAUAAAUCCAGUUCCCUGCAGUCAUUUUUCCAUAAUAACCUGCUGCUGGAGUUUAGUUUACUUACAACAUUGCAUGCAUUACACUGUUGUAUUAAAAACUCUGGUUUUACUGAUUUUAUUCAUUCUGAUAAUUCAUAAUACAGAUCACCUCAGAACUGAAUGAAUAAGUGAAGAGCUACUGCCUAGAUCAUUGUAAUUUGCCAUUUAGCAAGCCAAUGAUAUUGAAAUAUAAUUUGUUUGUCCCACUUAGUUUACAUUGAAGUUCCGUGGCUGUCAGGAGACACUUUUUAUUGCACUCCGUUGGUGUUUCAGCACCGGGAUGUUUUGAGUUGUCAUUUCUUGUUGAUUUGCCUGCUAGUUUAAUUCUAGUCACAGUAUUAGUCAGGAUUCAUUCUUAAAGGGAUUCUGUCAUGAUUUUUAUGGUGUCAUUUUUAUUUCUAAAUUACACUGUUUACGCUGCAAAUAAUUAACUCUACAAUAUAAAACUUCAUUCCUGAACCAGCAAAUGUAUUUUUUUUUAGUUGUAAUAUUGGUGUGUAGGCAGCCAUCUCAGGUCAUUUUGCCUGGUCAUGUGCUUUCACUUUAGGAUGGAACUACUUCCUGGCAGGCUGUUGUUUCUCCUACUCAAUGUAAAUGAAUGUGUUACAGUGGGACCUUGGAUGAGUGCUGUUUUUAAGGCCCCCAUACACGGGCCGAUAAAAGCUGCCGAACAGACCAAGUCGGCAGCUUAUUGGCCCGUGUGUGGGGCCAUCCGACAGCUUCCCUGAUCGAUAUCUUGCCGAAAGUCGGCCCGAUCGUCAGCCCGAUAUCGCAUGACUGGGAGCAGCUGGGAAACUGACAAUAUGUCUAGCCCCAUGUCAUAUAUCAAAAUUAAAUAUAAAUAUAUAAGUGCUGGGGCAGCACUAUUAACUGAUGAGUUUUGGUAAAAAAAAAAAUGUUGUCCCAUGACAGUAUCCCUUUAAAUGCAGAAGCCCAGUGCACAAAGUGGAUGGUGUCCCAAAAUGAUUGUUUAUGCCUACAAAAGCCUCUUUGUUCAAUUCCAGAACCAAGUUCAUUUAAAAAAAAAAAAGCUAUACAGUCCCUAUAAUUUAGAGCCAUUUCAAUAGACCACACUUCAAGUCACUUUUAAAAGUCAUUAAGGACAGAAUUGUUUGAAACUGUUUUCAUAAUUCUUGUUACUGAAAUGGAAUAGUGCCUCAACCGGAUGAGAGAUUCUUUUGCUGUUGGCAGACAGUACGUUUUGUAUUUUUUUUUUUACCUGCGUUUGUGUCUGUUAGAUUUGCACUAUUUAUGGCUGACCUGGGCUUAUUUUAGUACCAUGGACUUCAGGGGAAUAUGAAACCUAAGCCUUUUGAUCUUCUUUCAGUCUGUUGGAUGUAGAAUACACACAUUGAUAGAAACUGUACUUGCAAGCAGACUGAGGCCAUGCCACAUCAGCCUGCGCAUGAUUUACAAAGAAAUGCUGUUAAUCCACCUGUCUUUUCUAUAUGUGAAUGCAAAAGUGUUACCCUCUUCAGUCAAAACAAAUUACCUCAGAUUGCUGUUGGUGUUUGAAAACUUGAAUUAACUUCCCUGCAUGUUUUUGCUUUCUGUAGGGAAGCCAAGCAGGCCAGUUUGCAUUAUGUUGUAUUUAGCGAUUGCACUAUUUGGUUCUUUUCUUGUGUGCCUUCUUAAAAUGUAGCAUUUGUACAUUUUUUGUUUUAUUUCUGCAGAAGAGGGAAUGGUGUGGUUGCAUGUUUUUGUGUGUGAGAAUAAAGUGAGCUGUUAGAUCUCUGCUUUCUUGUAGUGCUAAGGGCUGAGUAGUUCUGUUAAUGGGGCACACUUUUAUUUUUCUGGAGGCAUUAGGUCAACUGCCCUGUCUGGUGUUUAAAUUUUUGUUUUUUGUAAUCCGAUCAGUUGUCCCUCCUUUGAGAAGAUAAUAGUGUCUUAAUAAUAUUAUGCUAUUGUUUUGCACAAAGUGUUAGGAGUUAAGAUACGUGGUACUGUAAAGCUGAAUUUAGACCCUCUAGCACUGUUCCUGUGACUUCAAAUCCUUCUCUGCAGUGUAUCAUUAUGUCACUCUUUUAGUUAUUCAUGUUAGAUCAUUUCACAAGUGUUGCCUUGUCCACUUUGUUGCUGCGCAUUGUGGUAAGGUGGUUGUAAUAUGUUUAAUAAUGUUUCUGCACAAAUGAACUUGCUGCCCACCCUUUCCAUUUUGCAUGUUGAGAAAAUGAGACAAUCAAAGUUCUGUCAAAAGGGCUUUCUAGCAGAUUAUCUUCUCUAGCCUGGCUUCACUUAUUCUGUUCCAAGCCCUUUUACUGGUGGGGACAUUUUGCAGCAGUUUUGCCCUCCUUUCACCUAGAAAGCAGUGCUGUCUUGUUCUCCUUUAACAAUCCAAUGCGUGCUUUGGCAGCACAGCUUGACAAUUCUAAGUAAUAAAUUGAGUGUUUAUUUUCAGGGGGCCGGGCAUGGUUACACAAAGAAAAGAUGAUUUCUUUUGCUCUAAGAGUUGUUGUCUGGUUCCCUGAGUGCAUUGUUUACAGGGCUGUCCUGAAACUUCCAUUUGUUAUUUACCCCACCUUCUCUACGUUCAAUCCAUGCUGCCAUGCCAUUGACUUCUGUUAUUCAUAGGAAUGGUUUCUGGUGGGGGGGGUUCUCUUAUCUCAAACUGUUUCCUUUUUGCUUUCAACAGCAAAUUUUUAUGCCAAAGUACCCCUGUUUUCCUGUAUUUCUGGUUCACCUCUACUUAUUCAUGUAAAUUUGUCACUUGUGGCAUUAUUUUGACCCUUGACUGGGACUGCCUGCUGCCAUUCUCUCCUAAAAUGGAAGUUUCUUUCAGCUCCUAAUGCAAAGCACUUGUGUAAUUAAUAAGCACUUUUCCUAACUCUCACUGCUGCUGGUGCCUGCAGAAUAUUGCUACUGUAAUGCAGUCAAUGUCCAUGCAGCGGUAGAGGAUUAAGGUAUGUAGGGGUUGACUUUCUGUAAGAGUUGAUGGGGGGUGGAUGGAAUAAGCAAGAAAAGUCUACUUUAUCCUCCAUUGCUGUGCUCAUUCCUUUGGGUAAUACCUUAGGGCGGAGGUGAACAAUGCAAUGGUUUAAAAUGAAUGAGAAGGAACAUUAGAGAAAAAAAGGAAAAAAAACAAAAAAAAACAGCACAAAUGCAUUUCAUAUACAGGUUUACUUGCACUGCCACUGUAUAAAGAAGGAGCUACACCUAUGUGGAUAGCUAAUGUGAGCCAUAUUGCUGAAUGUAUCCUCCGACAUGAUAUACCAAGAUAUUAAAUUGAAAUAUGGUUGCCA